AUGUUAGCAGAUAGGGGACUUCUGGAGAAAUUCAUGAAAUCGGAUACAGACGCGAAACCAUCUGAAACUCGCACGGUUCCCGAUUUGCAUGAGACACCUGUCCUGGGGGAUUUUAAUAUGGUAGCAGGAGGUUUUGCGGGAGGAGGACAGACUAGCUCGGCUAGGAAGCGAUAUAUAAGGAGUGUCAUGACUACAGCCAAGAUUGACAGGCCGAAGAAAGUUCCAGCUAUAAUAUUUUCGAGUGAUGAUUUAAAAGGAGUAAUCCCACAUGAGGAUGAUCCCAUAGUCUUGUCUAUGAUUAUGAUGGGAAGUAAUGUUCAUAGGGUGCUAGUUGAUCAGGGGAGUUCUGCCGAUGUGAUGUUUUGGAAUACCUUUAUAGGGUUGCAAAUACCGAUGGACCAAUUAAAGCCAUUUGACGGAGUACUUGUGGGUUUCUCAGGAGAUCAGGUGGAAGUUAAAGGGUAUGUUGAUCUUCGAACGACCUUUAGGGACAAAGAAGAUGCAAAAACUAUAUUUAUACGGUAUAUAGGUUUCAACGCUCCUUCAUCAUACAAUUUACUGUUGGGAAGGCCUUCUCUCAAUAAAUUGGGAGCAGUGGUAUCGACGGUACACUUGAAGAUGAAGUUUCCUUCUGAUGAUGGGAAGGUGCUCACUUUAUCUGUAAAUCAGGAGGUCGCUCGCAAAUGUUAUGAAGACAGUCUAAGGUUAAGGAGGAAAGUUGCAUAUUCAGUAAGCACAACGGAGGUAGUCAUAGAUCUCGAGUUAGAUCCUAGACUAGUACACCCUGAGAGAAGACCUCAGCCUGUAGGAGAGGUGAAAAAGGUGCUUAUACAGGGUAAGAAGUUAAGAAUUGGAGGGGAUUUGAGUUUAGAGCAAGAGCAACAACUUAUACAAGUACUGGAGAAAAACCUUUCUUCAUUUGCUUGA